GGAGGCAUCACUCCAUCACUGCAUCCAUCACCUCCAACCACCAAUGAUGAUUCUUCACUCGUUGUAUCGGGAAUCUCAGAAUCCAUCGCCAAGCUCUCAGGCUGCGGGGAAGUCUGACCAGAAAGAUGGCUCGUGUCCCUCACCAUGAUGCUUCUACUCCGUGCCUCUCUCGGGUAUCAAGGACUUCUGUUGAUCCCCCUUGCUCGGCGUCGCGUCUGGGAAUGCAAAACACUGCGACAAUUCGGCGACUGAGAACAGCACGAUGGCCAGAACCGCAACAUGUCUCUUCUCCACACGUUAAGCCUGAUUCUCGAUAUACUCGUUGCAGGCUUCGUUAUCACGAUAUGCCUCCCCGCUAUAAGGCAUACAUUCCUGUAUACCUUCAAAUUCUGCUCGCCAAGCGUGUUCCGGGGUGGAUAUCAGACGGUUGAGAUUCUUUCCAGCGCGCCAGUGGAUUAUUUGGCGGCCUUUUGCAACGACACCCGAUCAUACCUCCUAGUGAUCGCAAAUGCUUGUGUCUGUGCUGCAUCCCUACUCCAAGCCAUAUUUGCAGACAAUGGGUUGGAUAGGGUGCAAUUAUGGCUACAUCUGAUGCCUUGGCUUGUACUCCUGAUACAGGGAACAUUUCUUAUAAGUAUGACAUCUCGAAUCAUACGGUAUUCCUUGGCCCUGAAAGGGGGCCUCGCUGCCUGCUCAGUGAUUGCUGUCUUAAUCUUAAAUGACACGAUACUGCAAGGCAAAGCAAAAGAUGGAGAGCCUACACCACUUGCGUGGUCGGUCUAUGUCCUGGGAAUCAUUGUGAUUGGCAUAUUCCUGUCUUAUCCACGCAGUGAUCGAGCGUUUCGCAAUGGGAAAUCCAUUGACGAGGAAGAGACAUCUUCCGUUCUUGGGCGCUUGUCAUUUCAGUGGGCCACUCCACUGGUUUCGCUCUUCGCCUCUGACACAUCCCUUGGCCUGGACCACCUGCCGGAACUGAGUGACAAAAUGCGAGCAAAAAGUUUGCAGGACGAGUUCAAUGCGGCGCAAGGUACGCGAUGUACUUCGACAACGAAUGCCUGGAAGCUGGUAAAGGCACUACUUAUGCUCUAUCGAAGGGAAUUUGUCCAUCAACUUCUACUAUCUGUGCCAUUAGCAGUCCUUGCUUUUACUCCGCAGCUAGCCCUCCGUGAAAUGCUAAAAGUUUUAGAAAAGCACACUGCGGAACAUGACGCACUCAAUGUGUGGGCCUUACUAUUGGGUCUUAGCAUUGGGGUCUCGUCCUGGCUCGAAAAUUGGCUUCUUUGGACUGCCAUGAAUUGGAUCUCCGUGCCAUUAACAACACAGCUUUCGGUGGUAGCUUUCAGCAAAGCAAUGCGCUUGAGCUUGCAGAACUCUACGGGUGAGAGCGAUGACAAGACCUCAGUUGACAUUACACGAAAUGUGAUAAACCUCGUCGCUAUCGAUGCGUCACGCAUUGCACUUGUGGCUGGCUUUUUACACUCGCAUACUCUACAGGCGUUGAAGCUGACGGUGGCCUGUACUUUCCUGGCUCGCCUCCUGGGCUGGCAGAGCUUGCUCGCAGGGCUGGCCUGUCUGGCUCUUUUCUACCCACUGCAUUAUCUAUGUCUGUCCAAGUAUUCGGCUACCGAGAAAGAGCUCAUGCUUAGUCGCGACAAGAAAGUCUCGACAUUGACCGAGGUCUUGCAGGGCAUCCGCCAAGUAAAGUUCGCAGGGCUUGAAUUCAAGUGGGAACAAAGGAUCAACUUCCUGCGCGAUCGUGAAACAGAAGCUCAAAACUGGGCGUUCUUCUGGCACGUAGUCAAUCUGUCGAUCCAUCUGCUCGGUCCAGUCAUGGUGUCCGCUGUCUCUUUAAGCGUGUAUAGCUGGCAGCGAGGUCCGCUCACGCCAUCCAUCGCGUUUCCAGCUUUGUCAACGCUUGGUUAUAUCCAGUUCAUCUUGGGACUUAUCCCUGAAUUGCUGUCAGGCCUCGUGGGUGGCAAAGUGAGUUUGGAACGAAUGGCGAGGUUUUUCAAUUCAACUGAUGCGAUGGGAACGACAACGCCGUCCCGCUUUAUCCAACUGGACAACGCGAGUCUUUCCUACCAUACCAAGUCAGCCACAGCAGAGUCUGGCAUGCUUAGGAGCGUGACCCUCACAAUUCCUCUGAAGGCCUUGAGCGUAGUAUCUGGACGUACUGGAUCGGGCAAGUCCCUCCUACUGAACGCCAUACUAGGCGAGUGCGAAAUCCUUUCUGGUUCAGUCCGACGCCCUGUGCCGCCGACAUUUGAGGCAAUAUACAGCUCGGAUCUCAAUCCACUGGAUUGGUGUCUUAGUUCGGCUAUGGCCUACGUGGCCCAGACCCCGUGGAUCGAGGCAGGUACAAUUCGUGCCAAUAUUCUCUUCGGCCUGCCCUACGACCGACCGAGAUAUCAACAUGUCCUUUUCGCCUGUGCGCUCACGCAGGACCUCGAUCUCUGGGACGGCAGGGACCUUACGGAAAUCGGCCCUAAUGGUGUCAAUCUAAGUGGCGGGCAAAAGGUGCGAGUAGGUCUGGCGCGGGCUCUGUAUUCGCGUGCCGGCAUUCUUCUUUUGGACGAUAUCUUCAGUGCUGUGGAUGUGCAUACAGCAAGUCAUCUCUUCAAACAUGCCAUCACUGGGAAGCUUGCAUUAGGACGAACGAGGAUUCUGGUGACGCACAACGUGGAUCUUUGUUUCUCCAAAGCCGACUAUCUGGUUGAGCUCGAGAAUGGGACGGUUAGAUACGCGUACGCAGUGGCUCACUCUCAAGACGAAGACUUGGACGACUCCUUACGCGAGGAAACGUCAGCGAGGGUCGAAGAACAGGACGAUGAAUCCAAGAGGUACUUCUCUUGUCAAGACGAGGAUGCGAACGACACUGGCCACCCCAUAUUGUCCACUAAGUACGUUGAAGAGGAGACUAAAUCCCAGGGGGCCCUUCAGUGGCAGUUGUUUCGAAGAUACAUUCAGACCAGCGGUGGAUGGGCUUCAUGGGCUGUUCUCGCAGGAGUCUACAUUAUGUACAACAUAUUACAGCUUGCUCAGAUUUGGAGCAGGGAUGCCAUUACCAAAGGCUCGGAUGGCAGCGAAACAGCAUACUACCUUGGGAUCUAUACCGGUAUUGCCGCGUUGUCAUGUCUUGCCGGCUCACUGCGUGCCUACAUCGCUAUCCAAACUUCUCUGACCGCAGCAUCUCGUCUAUUUCGAGGAUUACUAUUUGUGGUCCUUCGUGCACCCUUGCUGUGGCUUGACAAAGUGCCAUCGGGGAGGCUUCUCAACCGGUUCACAGCCGACUUCUACUUGGUAGACUCACGGCUUGGCUUCGACUUGACGGCCGUUCUGAACGCGGGCAUGGAUUGCAUCGGAGUCAUGAUGGGUGGAGUGUUGGUGCGCCCGAUUCUCCUCGUGUGUGCCGUCUUUCUAGCCGCAGCAGCCUUAUGGUACACGCAGCGAUAUCUGGCCGCAGCACGGGAGAUCAAACGGCUCGAGAGUAUCUCGCGCAGUCCGGUCUACGAGCAAAUCGCCUCGUGUCUGCAAGGGCUAGCCACCAUCCGCGCCUUCGGCCAGACCAAGCGCUACAUCGAGCAAAUCCACACCAGACUCGACCGACAGGCGCAAGCAUCCUGGCACCUCUACCUUUUCAACCGGUGGUUCACCUUCCGCAUCAACGUCCUCGGUGCAGUCUUCUCUACCGUGACCGCACUCGCCGUGGUCAACCGCCCCGGCAUCACGGGCUCCAUGGCCGGCUUCGCCCUCGUCUUCACUAACCACCUCUCCUUUGCCCUCGUCUCCCUGAGCCGCGCCUAUUCCACCCUGGAAAUGGAUCUCAACGCCGUCGAACGUAUCCUCGAAUACUCCGACCUCCCCACCGAAAACACCGAAAACCCCAAGGCAACAACAACACCACCACCCACGCCCUCAUCUUGGCCCAGCCACGGCAGCGUCUCCUUCACCCACCUCACCGCCGGCUACUCCCCUGACUCCCCGGCAGUCCUCCACGACAUCAACCUCCAGAUCCACCCCGGGCAACGCAUCGGCAUCGUCGGCCGCACCGGGGCCGGUAAAUCGACGCUCGCGCUUGCUCUCUUCCGCUUCCUCGACCCCCUGCGCGAGGGCACCAUCACCAUUGACGGGAUCGAUAUCGCCACCCUUCCCCUCGCCACCCUCCGCACCCGUCUAGCCAUGAUCCCGCAGAACCCGGUCUUGUUUACCGGAACCAUCCGCUCAAACCUCGACCCCUUCGACGAACACGACGACCACACCAUUUUGCAAGUCCUGCGGCACGUCCACUGGCCCCUAGCCUCAGAAGCAGACCUGGGUGACUCGGGCUAUCUCACCAUCCUGUCCUCCCCCGUCUCCCAAGCCGGCCAAAACUUCUCGCACGGCCAACGCCAACUCCUCUGUCUCGCAAGGGCAAUGCUCUCCCGCCCCGCGGUAUUCGUGAUGGACGAGGCCACCUCCGCGGUGGAUCGUGCGACGGAUGAGCUGAUCCAGCGGUCGAUUCGUAAGGGGUUUGGGUUUGGCGGGGAGAUGAGGCGCACGACGUUGCUGGUGAUUGCGCAUCGGAUUCGCACGAUUGCGGAUUUCGAUUGUGUGGUUGUCAUGGAUGCGGGGAGAGUGGUGGAGUUUGGGAAGCCGGCGGAGUUGUUGAGGAGGGAGGGGGGCGUGUUUCGGGGUUUGGUGGAGGGGGAUGGUGAUGCGGAGGAGUUGAGGAAUAUUAUGUCUGGGAUGUAG